AUACGGAAGGCGCAGUGAGACAAAAUUUAUUAGCUUUGAGACGUCUCCCAACACCAGUCUUUAAAUAUACAUGGUAUUAAAAUGUAUUCAACCAAGUAAUCUGUUUAAUCAAACAAUUUUAUUUAGCAAUCCUUGGCAACCAUUGCUGUUAGUGAACAAAUAUCAUGCCCCUUGGUGUUAAUAAUUGUAUUAUAAUAACACACUUAUUUAUCUGUGUGUUUGCGUGUGUGCGUGAGGGAGGAGAGAAAGAGAGAGAGAGAGAGAUAAAGACAGAAGGGAGAGACUUCCAGGUUUCCUCAAACCAUUUACCAUCAAACUGUCACCCCGGAUGACUACCUGGCGAAUAAUCUGAGAGUUUGUGGACUAAGUAGUCAUGAUGUCUGAAUCCAGGGUGUCCUCUGUCAUCCAUGAGUGGAUGAGCCCGUACCCGGGUCAGACCCACAUGACGCUGAACCCCACCACUUCUAGCCCUGCGGGCUCCACCAAUCUGGCUCCAAUGGACAUGAUAUCAUUCAGCCAGUCUCAGAGCCUGAGGGGGGGCAGUGAAGACAGAAUAGACGAGCAGAUGAUGGGACUUUCGUACCUACCCUACACAUCUACUUGUCUCGGCAACACCACGAGUUCGGGGAAUCACCACCACCACCAGAACCUUGGCAACAAUCAGCAGGAGUUCUCUGCUCCUUUCCUCCUGCCAACAUUGCGGCCGCCGGUGGCUAAGCGGUGCAUCAGCAAAGACAGUGCGGAGUACCGCCUGCGACGCGAGAGGAACAACAUCGCCGUGCGCAAGAGCCGGGAUAAGGCCCGCCGGAGGAUCCUGAUGACCCAGCAGAGGGCUCUGCAGCUGCAGGAGGAGAACCAGAAGCUCCAGAUGAAGAUCGGGCAGCUAACACAGGAGCUGGACACUCUCAGACACAUCCUGUCCCAGCGGCACAUGACAGGAACGGAGGAGGGGACGGCAGGGGUGUCCACUAUCUAAGCCAGGGGUGUCCGAUUGUUUUAUUUUUUUGGGCUGUGGCACAUUGUAGAAAUAAAAUUAAACCAAAAAAGAGAGAAAAUAGAGCAAAAAGAUGGGGGGUAUUUUUUUAGCUUUUUUACAAAAGUUAAAAAAAAAUAGCAAAAAAACUCAAAUCCUUUCAUUUUUCAGUCUGCUAAAGUUGUGGAUGGUGAGCGUAGGCAUCAUUUCCCCGUCUUCUGCCGUCAUUCUCAGGAAUAAUUCAACUUUUAAAAGUCAUGACAAAAAGAUACAAUGUUUGGUUAUUGUAGCUUAUUAUUGUAAUGUAAAUAAACACUGAAGCUGCAUUU